CAUGAUCCAAAUGUUUACUGCGGAAGGAAUAUGGCGGAUGUUGAAGUGCGAGGAUGAUCGCCGAUUUCUGCGUUAAAAUGGGUGCAAAUGCAUCUCAGCUAGAAAAGGAGAUUGGAACAGACCAAUUCCCAAUUAAUGAACACUACUUUGGACUAGUCAAUUUUGGCAAUACUUGCUAUUGCAACUCGGUGCUACAAGCCCUGUAUUUUUGCCGACCAUUCCGGGAAAGGGUGCUCCAUUAUAAACAACAACAAAAGAACCAGAAGAAAGAGAGCCUCUUGACAUGUCUGGGAGAUCUCUUCUACAGCAUUGCAACACAGAAGAAAAAGGUGGGAACCAUUGCACCAAAGAAGUUUAUACAAAGGCUACGUAAGGAGAAUGAGGUGUUUGACAAUUAUAUGCAACAGGAUGCUCACGAGUUUCUCAAUUACUUGCUGAAUACAAUAGCUGACUUGCUUCAAGCUGACAAGCAAGGCACCAAACCUAAAAAUGGUCCAGUGGACCCCAACCAUCAGUGUAAUGGCAAGCCUGAACCAACCUGGGUCCAUGACAUCUUUCAGGGGACACUAACCAAUGAAACCAGAUGUCUUAACUGUGAGACAGUAAGCAGUAAAGAUGAAGACUUCCUGGACCUGUCCGUAGAUGUAGAACAGAACACGUCCAUAACUCACUGUCUGAGAGAGUUCAGUAACACAGAGACCCUGUGUAGUGAGCACAAAUACUACUGUGAAGUCUGCUGCAGUAAGCAGGAGGCUCAAAAGAGGAUGCGAGUGAAAAAGUUACCCCAGAUUCUAGCUUUACAUUUAAAGCGUUUUAAGUACAUGGAGCAGUUGAAUAGAUAUACCAAGUUGUCAUAUCGAGUUGUGUUUCCUUUAGAGUUACGACUCUUUAACACUUCAGAUGAUGCCUACAAUCCUGAUAGGAUGUACGACCUGAUAGCUGUCGUAGUGCAUUGUGGGAGUGGACCAAACCGAGGCCAUUAUAUCAGCAUUGUAAAGAGUCAUGGCUUUUGGCUGCUCUUUGAUGACGAUAUUGUAGAUAAAAUAGAUGCCUCUGCAAUAGAAGAUUUCUAUGGCUUGACAUCAGACCUUCAGAAGAAUUCAGAGUCUGGAUACAUAUUAUUUUAUCAAUCAAGAGAAUGAAGAAAAGAAGGGGGAAGAAUAGCUUGUGAUAUUUUAAGUAGAAGAGUUCAUAUACAUAGUGUUUUCCUAAUAUUGUGGAAGUUAUUUUAUUGAAGGGGGAUGUAACCAUUAUGAUAUUUCACUGUAAAUGCUGUAAAAACUUGAACCAAACGCUAAAAUCAGUGAUAGCUAUUUAAAUAUGAGGUUUAUCACAUUAUUUCUUCAUUGAAAUUGUGAUUUACUAAGAUAAAACUUUAAAAUGAAUAGACUGUGGCAAUUAUCUCUAUUAUCAAGGUGUAUCACAUUAUAAUCUUAUAUCACUUUCAAUGGUGAUACUAAACAGUAUUUAUUUAAGAAAUUUGUUGUAAGGCAAAAAGUUUUGUUAAAGGUUUUUCUGAAAAUGUUCACAUGAAAUAUCUAUUUGUUUUUAAAUGACCACUUAACGCAAAGCUCUUCCGAGCCUGCUAAAAUUAAUACAAUUAAGUUGUUAUUAUUAUUAUUAUUAUUAUUAUUAUGGUGAUGAUUAUUAUAAAAGGGGUAAUAUGAAGGUUUCAGUUUCUGCAAUGUCUCAUGUAUACCAGUGAUGUUUGCCAGUUGAUACGCCAUAGUGAAUUUUUUUUUUUUUUUUUUUGAGAAAUUAGUAAUGGAAAUUUAUAAGUAACAAGGAUUAAUGUCCCAUAACUGAAAUGAUUCAUAACGAAGGUGAUUUGUGAAUGUUUCCAACUCUUUAGAUUUGAAAAUGUGAUAUAUUCUGUUUAUCAUGCUAUUGAAAAGAAUAUAGACCUUGGAAUCUAAGCAAAUGGUUAAUCAAAAUGGAAAACAAUGCAUAAAAUAAGUAUAAAAGUGACAACCCUGAUUGUAUGUUUGGUUUAGUGAAGUAUUUGUUGGAGACUUAUAUACAAGACUCCAGGACUAUUUUUGAUGCAUGGUAAUGCUAUACCUAUUUAUUAACUUGUGUUACUGUGAAGUGAAUGUAUUGGGAUUUAUUUCCCCAGUUAUAAGAUUUAAGCAUAAUUUUGUGUCAUGUGCAGGGCACUUUUCCUUAUGAUUUAAUAUAAAGUAGAUAGGUACAUUCUUGUGCAUUUAGACAAGAACAUAAAUUCAAAGCAACUUUCGACUAAAGAGCAUUGUAAGAUAACCAAAUUAACUUACCAAUGGUUCAAUUUGCUGAGAUUGCCCUCUGCACAAAACUGCUCACAGUGAUUUGUAGCUCACGUAAACCGUGAAGCAUGUGUAAAUUUUUGUAACACCUGGCAUUACACAUUCAUUGGUUUUUCUUUUCAUUGAGAGUGGCAUGCAGAUUUUACAAGCAUUUCUUGGUUGGUAGAAUGGUUUAAAUGAACUAGCCUUCAAAGAUUUGUAGUGCAGAUUUCUAGAAAGACUGUUAAACCAAAGGUGGUUGAAUAUGUGGUCCAUCUGUUAGCCUGGUAGUUUUAUAUGGAGGAAAAGUUACAUGUAUUUAUCUUCUAUGUCUAAGUGCACCUUAUAUUCUUAAUAUUGUACGCAUACUGGAAACAUAAUUGUUACCUCAUGCUAUGCACUGUGUACAAAGUCAGACACAUAAGAACAUACAGACAUUAGUAGUUAAAGGUAUCAAUAUUCUUGAUAUAAGUCAAAAGGAAAGAUUGUUAUAAACUUAGUCUGUGGGAUGGAAAAGGCUAAAAAAUAUCAAAAGUGCAAUCUACACAUUAAGAUUUCUGCUCAGUUUGAUCAAAUGUUAUACAUUUCCAUAAACAUUGGUAAAUCCUUGCAAACUGCAUGUACUUAAAAUGUUUGGUGCCACUCAAUAUAUUUCGACUCUUAUAAUCAUGUUGUGAGAUUUGUGAAAAAAAUAACAGAUGGAAAUAUUGCCCAUGGUGAUAUUGACAAAUUAUGAAAAUAUGUCUUACACUUAAAAAAAACUAUUUUCUCAAAGUUUCUCUCAAUUUGAUGGAUAUGGUGACUUCAUGCUUUUGUUUGCAUGUUAUGUUGAAAGUCGUUAAAAGUUCCCAAUUAGUGGCAAUCACUUUAGGCCAAUAUGACACCCAAGUACAGUCUAGUGUUACAUGUUGACCAUGUGAUAUCACAUUGAACAAUGUGAUGCUGUUUUACAGAAUAAAUUCCAAGUCAAUUUUUGUUUGCCUGUGGCCCAUACUAUAAUUAGGUCCAAAACUUCAAAGAUGUGGUGAAAUUUUAGUACAUUAUCAA